AUGUUUCAGGAAAGCAAAAUCAACAUUGGAGUGAGAAGCAUCUUCUGCAUAAUAGAGAAAGCAGAGCCGGAAAGGUGGGACAAGCUAAUCCGUGGUGGGAAAGCGCCACACUAUGUCAAGAUUGACUGGGACAAGUGGGUGGAUGAGGAUGAUGAAGGCAACUCUGGUGCUGGAUAUAUGGAUAUGGGAGGAAUGGGUGGAAUGGAUUUCUCGAGCUUGGCCGGUGUGGGAGGAAUGGGCGGUAUGGGAGGAAUGCCCAGUAUGGGUGGAAUGGGUGGGAUGCCCGGACUUGAAGGACUUGGCGGCAUGGGUGGACUUGGCGGUGUGGGUGGAAUGCCCAGACUUGAAGGACUUGGUGGCAUGGGAGGUAUGGGAGGCAUGGAAGAGUUUGAAGACAGUGAUGAUGAAGAGGAAACAACAAAUUCAGGAGACAAGAGACGAAACCGUUAA